GAAAAGGGGGCCCAGAGAGGGGAUCUCUUGGAGUUGCGAGUGUCGGAUUCUCCUCCAGAGACGGCAGUUGUGGAUGAAUCUCGAUCGUGACCGGACACUCAGCGUUCAACGGCGUGUUUUCUGUUUCUGGUUUCCCAAUAUACCUCUCUCUCUCGCUGUCGACCAAGAGGCAAAAGUGUUUGCUGACACCUUGAUGUGAAUGAGUGAGUGUGAAAUGGUGUCCACGGAAGCGUGAUCUCCAUUAAUUGUGAUUAGGGCUGCUCGUCCACGUGAACUCCAUCGCGGAGACAGUGCAAGAUUUUGGUGGUGACACACAAGAUAAUGCUGUAAAGAUGAAUAAUGUGUUGCUGGUUGUUUUUCCAUGGCGAAGAAGAAGACCCGUUUGGCCACUUCUCCUGGCAACACUUGCCAUCUUAGUCACAUCGAUCAGUGGAAAUGAAGAAGAAAAAAUCCUGAGUCACACCGAAAAGCAGCGAUACGAUGGAUGGUACAAUAACUUGGCACAUCCCGAUUGGGGUUCUGUUGAUACUCACCUGGUGAGAAAGGCUCCGUCUGCUUAUUCGGAUGGUGUCUACGCACUGGCCGGCGCCAAUCGGCCAUCUCCAAGAAGACUGAGUAGGUUAUUUAUGCGUGGCGUCGAUGGAUUAGCCUCCAAGUCAAAUAGAACGGCGAUUUUGGCUUUCUUCGGCCAAGUCGUUACCAAUGAAAUCGUGAUGGCUUCGGAGUCGGGCUGCCCAAUUGAGAUGCACCGCAUUGAGAUUGAGAAAUGUGAUUAUAUGUAUGACAAGGAGUGUCGAGGCGACAAGUACAUUCCAUUCCAUCGGGCGGCGUACGACAGGGACACCGGCCAGAGUCCCAAUGCGCCGCGAGAGCAGAUCAACCAGAUGACGGCCUGGAUUGAUGGCAGCUUCAUUUACAGCACUUCCGAAGCGUGGCUCAAUGCCAUGCGAUCCUUCCACAACGGCACCCUGCUCACCGACCACACAGGCCAGAUGCCCGUGAGGAACACCAUGCGCGUGCCACUGUUCAACAAUCCCGUGCCGCAUGUCAUGAGAACGCUCAAUCCAGAGCGACUCUUCUUACUCGGAGAUCCGCGAACAAACCAGAACCCAGGGCUUCUCUCGUUCGCCAUCCUAUUCUUCAGGUGGCACAAUGUGUUGGCGCGCAGGAUCAAGAAGCAACAUCCUACGUGGACGGAUGAGGACAUUUUCCAGCGCGCUCGAAGGAUUGUCAUUGCUUCUCUGCAGAAUAUCAUCCUCUAUGAGUACCUUCCAGUUUUCCUGGACGUCGAGAUUCCGCCCUACAAGGGUUACCUGCAAGACACGCAUCCUGGCGUUAGUCACAUGUUCCAAUCAGCGGCUUUCCGCUUCGGUCACACCAUGAUUCCUCCUGGCUUCUAUCGUCGCGAUGGGAAAUGCAAGUAUCGCACCACUGCUAUGGGUUAUCCUGCUGUGAGAUUGUGCACGACUUGGUGGGAUUCGAACGAAGCUCUGUCCAUCACCAGCAUUGAGGAGAUCCUCAUGGGUCUCUCAUCGCAGAUCGCUGAGCGGGAAGAUGCUGUCCUGUGCACGGAUGUCAGGGACAAGCUAUUCGGCCCGAUGGAGUUCACCAGAAGAGACUUGGGUGCUUUGAAUAUCAUGCGCGGGAGAGACAAUGGAUUGCCCGACUACAACACUGCGAGGGCGGCUUUCAAGCUGCCGAGAGUGAAGGAGUGGAAAGACAUCAACCCCCAGUUCUUCGAGAAGCACCCGGAAGUGAUGGGACUGCUCGUGUCGGCGUACAGCAAUCGCCUGGACAAUGUGGAUGUGUACGUGGGUGGAAUGCUGGAGUCAGAUGGAAAGCCCGGCGAACUCUUUUCAGCCGUGAUAGUUGAGCAAUUCACGAGAAUUCGAGAUGCUGAUCGUUUCUGGUUUGAGAAUGAAGAAAAUGGAAUUUUCACAGCAGAAGAGAUUGCAGAACUGAGGAAAAUCACUCUGUGGGACAUUAUUGUGAAUGCCACGGACAUCAAACCGGAUGAGAUUCAGAGGAACGUCUUCAAGUGGGUUACAGGAGAUCCUUGUCCUCAGCCCAUGCAAUUGAAUGCGUCUGAAUUGGAGCCUUGCAGUUAUCUCCAGGGCUUCGAUUACUUCUCCGGCAGCGAACUCACUUUUAUAUAUGUGUGUGUCUUCCUGGGUUUCGUGCCUAUCCUCUGCGCUGCAGCCGGAUAUGGGGUUGUGAAGCUGCAGAACAGCAAGAGGAGGAAGCUGAAGAUACGCCAGGAGACACUCCGCAACAAGGCCAACCAUAAGGGAUCUGUGGACAAAAUGAUCGCUCGCGAGUGGCUCCAUGCGAAUCAUAAGCGUCUCGUUACGGUGAAAUUUGGCCCAGAAGCCGCGAUCUACACAGUAGAUCGCAAAGGUGAAAAACUACGAACGUUCAAUCUGAAGAAUGUGGAUUUAGUCACAGUGGAGGAAUCCCAGUCUAACUACUCCCAAAAGAGACCAUACAUUCUCCUGCGAGUGCCAAAUGAUCACGAUCUCGUCCUGGAGCUGGAGUCAAUCACUCAGCGCAGGAAGUUCGUGAAGAAACUCGAAGACUUCCUCAUUUUGCAUAAGAAGGAACUGGCAAUAACUGAGGCCAAUCGCGAUAUAAUGCUUGCGAAGGCGGAAACCAGGGAGAGACGUCAGAAGCGACUUGAGUACUUCUUCAGGGAAGCAUAUGCUUUAACAUUUGGCUUGAAGCCAGGAGAACGGCGUCGUCGCUCAGAUGUCUCAUCGGACGGAGAAGUGAUGACUGUGAUGAGAACCAGCCUCUCCAAGGCUGAAUUCGCCUCGGCUCUGGGCAUGAAAUCCGACGAUAUGUUUGUGAGAAAGAUGUUCAACAUCGUGGACAAGGAUCAGGAUGGACGAAUCUCCUUCCAGGAAUUUCUCGAGACCGUGGUGCUUUUCUCACGUGGCAAAACGGAGGACAAGCUCCGCAUCAUCUUCGACAUGUGCGAUAAUGACCGCAAUGGUGUGAUUGACAAGGGAGAGUUGAGUGAAAUGAUGAGAUCCCUCGUGGAGAUUGCGCGCACCACAAGUCUGGGUGAUGAUCAGGUGACGGAACUGAUUGAUGGCAUGUUCCAAGAUGUUGGCCUGGAGCACAAGAAUCACCUGACAUACCAAGACUUUAAGCUGAUGAUGAAGGAGUACAAGGGAGAGUUUGUGGCCAUUGGACUGGAUUGCAAGGGGGCCAAACAGAACUUCCUGGACACGUCCACCAAUGUUGCCCGCAUGACUUCCUUCCACAUUGAGCCAAUGAUGGACUCACGGCGCCAUUGGUUACUCGAGAAGUGGGAUUGCUACACGACAUUCCUGGAGGAGAAUCGCCAGAACAUCUUCUACCUGUUCUUGUUCUACGUGAUCACCAUUGUGCUGUUCGUUGAGCGAUUCAUUCACUACUCCUUCAUGGCGGAGCACACGGAUUUGAGGCACAUUAUGGGAGUGGGAAUUGCGAUCACGAGAGGCUCAGCGGCUUCGCUGUCCUUCUGCUACUCUCUUUUGCUCCUCACGAUGUCUAGAAACCUGCUGACGAAGUUGAAGGAAUUCCCCAUUCAACAGUACAUUCCUCUGGACUCUCACAUUCAAUUCCACAAGAUCGCUGCGUGCACUGCCCUUUUCUUCUCUCUGCUUCACACCGUGGGUCACAUUGUGAACUUCUAUCACGUGUCCACGCAGAGCAUAGAGAAUCUUCGCUGCCUCACACGUGAAGUUCACUUUACCUCAGACUACAAACCCGACAUCAGCUUCUGGCUCUUCCAGACCGUCACUGGCGUCACUGGUGUGAUCCUCUUCAUCACCAUGUGCAUCAUAUUUGUCUUUGCUCAUCCCACGAUCAGGAAGAAGGCGUAUAAGUUCUUCUGGAACAUGCACUCGCUCUUCGUGCUACUGUACAUUCUCUGCCUCAUUCACGGACUGGCCAGACUCACAGGACCGCCGAGGUUCUGGCUGUUCUUUAUCGGUCCCGGGGUGGUUUACACGCUGGACAAGAUCGUGUCUCUGAGGACAAAGUAUAUGGCGUUGGAUGUGAUGGAGACGGAUCUGUUGCCGUCGGAUGUGAUCAAGAUCAAAUUCUAUCGGCCACCCAAUCUGAAAUACCUCUCUGGACAGUGGGUGAGACUCUCCUGCACAGCCUUCCGGCCUCACGAGAUGCACAGCUUCACCCUCACCUCGGCUCCGCACGAGAACUUCCUCAGUUGUCACAUCAAGGCUCAGGGCCCGUGGACGUGGAAGCUGCGCAACUACUUCGAUCCGUGCAACUACAACCCCGAGGAACAGCCGAAGAUUCGCAUUGAGGGACCCUUCGGCGGCGGAAAUCAGGAUUGGUACAAAUUCGAGGUGGCCGUGAUGGUGGGCGGCGGCAUCGGCGUCACUCCCUAUGCGUCCAUCCUCAACGAUUUAGUCUUCGGCACCAGUACAAAUCGCUACUCUGGCGUGGCCUGCAAGAAAGUCUACUUCCUCUGGAUCUGCCCGUCGCACAAGCACUUCGAGUGGUUCAUCGACGUGCUGCGCGAUGUGGAGAAGAAGGAUGUGACGAAUGUCCUCGAGAUCCACAUCUUCAUCACGCAGUUCUUCCACAAAUUCGAUUUGAGAACAACAAUGCUGUAUAUCUGCGAGAAUCACUUCCAGCGCCUAUCGAAAACGUCCAUGUUCACGGGUUUGAAGGCUGUUAAUCACUUUGGGCGCCCAGAUAUGUCGAGUUUUCUCAAAUUUGUACAAAAGAAGCAUUCUUAUGUGUCGAAAAUUGGUGUCUUCUCCUGUGGACCACGUCCGCUCACGAAAAGUGUCAUGUCUGCCUGUGAUGAGGUCAAUAAGGGCCGCAAACUGCCCUACUUCAUUCACCACUUUGAGAAUUUUGGUUAGUGUUGUUGUGCAAGUAAUUAGGUAUGUUUUUUUUCCAUUGAUCGCAGUAAAUUUUAGGAAUGAUGUGUUUAUAAAAUUAGGAGAUUUAGAGAUGAAGAAGCAACGAUUUUUUUUGUAUAAAUUCCUCAAUUUAAUUUAUUUCUUUUUUAUGGCAAUUUUUACAUUUAUCAAUUACGUUAAUUUGUAGUUAUUGCUAUUAGGUUUACAUUUGUAAUUUUUUUUUAUAUAGACAACGCUGUAAACAAACGAAUCGAAUGAUUUUUAUUAAAGUGAGGAGAGUUGAAGCGAAAGAAGAUUGAGUGCAUGUUUUCUUCUCUCUUCUGAUAUGCUCGGGAUUUAUGAUGCUAAAUUGAUCAUUAAUAGCAGCUGAAGAAGCGCGCAAAAUCACCUGUUUUGAGAAGCAACAUUGCGGGCUAUACGAUCCGCGAGCGAGACUAUCAUAUAUUAAUAUGUAACUAUUCAGGCCAUGGACGGACAAACAUUAUUUAAUGGCAUGUUGAAUGCUUUUUACACACACUUUAUUCGCCAAUAAUAAUUAUAAAUAUGGGAUAUUUAAUAACUAAAUGCAUAAUGCUAUGAUGCUUCUUUCGCGCUGAUGCUUCACGUCUGGAGAGAAAAAAAAAAAUCUCUUAAACGAAUUCCACAAGCACAGUGAAUGAUUGAUGAAUGAGAGGCUUUUUUGCCCACCAAAAUAUUCCACACAAGUGUCGUGGCAUAAAGGUAGUUUUCAGUGAAAGUUUGGCGCCGCCACGAGGAGAAGGAAUAAAAACUUGGUCGAUUGAAAGUGGAAGAAAAAAAGAAUGGCGCACACAAAAGAAAACACUCCAUUUGAGCUGUUAUAUUGAGAACUGAGAAAAAUCAUUCCGCCAAUACGCUAAUUUAUCACAUCACAAAAAGUGUCUUGUAUCGCAUUGCGUCGCUUUGCCUUUUUUUGUGAACUGCCUCUGAGCUAAUAUAUGGAAU